AUGCCCCUUUCAUUUUCUACAGUUAGGCUACCAGUCAGUCUCCGCUUACACCACGUUAGACAUCGUUUCCAAAUACUAGCUACAGUCUAUAGCAAAAGGAUGAAAUUACUGCUAUUAGUGGCGCAAACGGCGCUGUUUUUCUCGUCGUCGCUAUCAGAAGCUCCUAAUAAUUCGAAUUCCCCGUUUUUCAGCUGGAUUAAAGAGCUUCAGAAGGAACUUUUCAAUGUUCGUCAAUACAAUAAACAUGCCAGGCCAAUAUCAAAUGACAGUGAACAAGUUAUCAAAGUGGACAUGCAGUUUAGUUUCGUUCGGGCGGUCUUGAAUGAGAAGGAUGGCACAUUGGAGACCUCCGGAUGGCUUGGAAUGCGAUGGGUGGACAGUAUGAUGAAGUGGGAUCCUAUGGCCUAUGGAGAUUUGCGCAACUUAAAAUUAAUGUCGGAUCUGUUAUGGAAACCGGAUAUAGUGGUUUUUAAUAGUGUGCGAGGCUAUGAUCCCAUGCCUCCAUCCCAAUCUGUUCUUCUUUAUGACGGUGUGGUCUACUACAUACCUCGUCUAUAUUUAAUAACACCGUGCGACCUAGAUUUAACUAAAUGGCCCAAAGGAUUUCAAAAAUGCGAAAUUCGGUUUGGUGCUUGGACUUUAGAUAGCAGCGAGAUAUUCCUUGGUGUUUUAGAAAACCAAACGAAGGCAGACCUUAAACACUACAAAGCUGGAAAUUUACAAUGGAAAAUUACGGAUACUACUAUUACAACAAACUCAUACUUCAACUGUUGCAGUCCUCAUUAUCAAGACGUUAUUGUCACCAUUCAGUUACACCGUCAAUCUUCAAUGGCAGAAAAAGUUGCCAUAAUUUCAUCUGUUGGUCUAUGGAUUCUUGUAUUGCUAACCUAUUGGAUGAAACCCCAGUCUACCGAUCGCAUAACGAUUGCAUACUCAUGUUCAUUUGGAAUGAUAUUCAUUUUUAUUUAUUUCUUAUGGAAAUUACCAACAGGAAAAAAUAUUCCUAUUGUCGUGAUCACUCAUUCCACGCUUUUAUUACUUUGCGGUUUGAACUGUGUUAUUACGAUGAUAAACCGGAAUAUUGCAGAACGGUCGUGCAAAUCGGUACCCCGAUGGAUCAACUUCUUUACGCGAAAUAGGGUUUUCAGUUUCUUACUUCGAACUAGAGUUUCACUGCGUGACAAUGUUUUACAUCAGGUUUGCUUUGAAGUAGACGAAAACCCCAACACACCGUCGUCUUUUUCGCCAAUUUCCUUAAACUUGGUUGACCAACCGGUACCACUCCAAGGAUGGAACCAAUGUAAUUCAGCAGCACAUAGUUGGCAACUACUUGCUUCUAUUUCCGAUCGAUUUGCGUUUUUCAUUUGUAUGAUGAUUUCUUUUACUAUUAUAGGGUAUACAGUUUUUGUAUUCAUAAUGAACAAUUAGUUUGAGAUCAGGUAUGAAAUAUACAGUGUAAAACAA